AUAUCUUACGCACCAUUUCAGCAAUUUCUUCUAAUCUGUUUUGUCCCUUUCUCUGUUUACCCUCCUUCCUUUCUAUUCAACUAGAACAACAUUAAGAUGCCGAAGAAGGAGCCAAACAAAGCAACACCUCAAGUGCCUGUAUACUGGAUUGAAGCCUCCGAUUCUGUCUCACGCCACUUCCAGUUCCAGCCCGAUGGUCGACUCUCUAUGAAGGUAGUUGAUGAUUCAAGAUCAAUACUUCAUCGGAUAGUUGAUUCCUUUCUGAAUAAAUUUUUUCCCACUGGAUAUCCUUACAGUGUGAAUGAGGGAUACCUUAAAUACACACAAUUUCGGGCGCUGCAGCACUUCUCCAGUGCAGCAUUGUCUGUGCUGUCAACUCAGUCGCUGCUUUUUGCUGCAGGCUUGCGUCCUACACCUGCACAAGCAACAGCUGUAAGCUGGGUACUGAAGGAUGGGAUGCAGCAUGUAGGAAAGCUAAUAUGUAGCAAUUUGGGUGCUAGAAUGGAUUCAGAACCAAAACGUUGGAGAAUAAUAGCUGAUGUGCUCUAUGACUUGGGCACUGGCUUAGAAGUUCUUUCUCCCUUAUGUCCUCAUCUUUUCCUUCAGGUGGCUGGCCUUGGUAAUUUUGCAAAGGGGAUGGCAGUAGUUGCAGCAAGGGCAACAAGGCUACCAAUAUAUUCUUCGUUUGCUAAAGAAGGCAAUCUAAGUGACCUUUUUGCAAAAGGAGAGGCCAUUUCAACACUGUUCAAUGUUGUUGGAAUGGGAGCAGGGAUUCAAUUAGCAUCUACUAUUUGUUCAUCAAUGCAGGGGAAGAUGAUUGUGGGCCCCCUUCUUUCCAUUGUACAUGUUUAUAGUGUCAUUGAAGAAAUGCGAGCUGCCCCUGUCAAUACACUAAAUCCUCAGAGGACAGCCAUGGUUGUGGCUGAUUUUGUGAAGACUGGAAAGAUAUCAAGUCCUGCUGAUCUAAGAUACUGUGAAAAUCUCAUAUUUCCUGGGAGACUAGUAGAAGAUGCUGGCAAUGUAAAAGUGGGACGGGCUUUGCACGAAGUUUUUACGCCUUCAAAACUUCAUGAAGUUAAAGAUAUGUUCCCGGAAGAGAAGUUUCUUUUGAAUUGUGGGAAUAAAUGGAGUGACAUGGUACUAGAACAAAAUGCUUCAGGUGAAGAUGCAUUGAGGGGAUGGCUGGUUGCUGCAUAUGCUGCAAGCAUGAAGAAGUAUUCUCAUGAAUCUAGCAACAUUGUACUGCAAGAUGCUUAUCUGAAAAUGAAUAGCAUAUUUGAUUCAUUCUUGUCUGAACUGCAGGCCAAAGGGUGGCAUACCGAUCGCUUUUUGGAUGGAACAGGUAGCCGUUUUUCAUGGUAGCAUUUUCUAGAUUUGAAUGAUAGUCCGUCCACUCCCUUCAGAUUCUUGGUUUAAAAUGAGUAGGGCAGCUGGUUAACUUGUUUAUAUAAUAGAAAUGUAUUUUAUUCAGGGAAGUGGCAUUGUGCAACUAUGUUGAACUAUUUUUCCACACCCUUGUCAUUCAAGAUUGUCCGGACCAGCUUUUGCUUACGAGUUAUUGACUGCUGGUUGGGCUCUUCUAAUUGUAAGUCCAAGAGCCUGACCAAAUUACUUUUGGUACAACACCAGUUUAUGAUUCAAUUGUUUACUUAGAAAUUACAAUGUACUUUCAUAUUUCUGUAUUAAUUAGUGAAGUUACUAUGGAUUAUA